CUAGGCAAAAAAGAACGAAAGCAACAGGAGAUUGAAGUGGAGAGGAGGAGAGAGAAAGAGAGUGAAGGUGCGCCAAAAGGGGAACCCCCAACCCCAUGUACAGAAUAACUUCCUUAUCAGUCUUCUCUUUUCUCUUCUCCCUCUCUCUUUCUCUCUCCUCUUCACCCUCACCAACAGCAAAAACAACAAAGAAAUUCAAUUGAAUUCAGUUUAAUUGAAUUGAAAAACACCAAGCAAGAUGCCUAGACCAGGGCCAAGACCAUAUGAGUGCGUUCGGAGAGCUUGGCACAGCGAUAGGCACCAACCCAUCAGAGGUUCAAUCAUUCAACAAGUUUUCAGAGUCGUCACUGAAUCUCAUAGUUCCAUCACUAGAAAGAACAGAGAAUGGCAGGAGAAGCUCCCUCGUGUUGUGUUAAAAGCUGAGGAAAUUAUGUACUCUAAAGCUAAUUCUGAGGCUGAGUAUGUGGAUCCUGUGACGCUUUGGGAGCGCCUUAAUGAUGCUAUUGAUACUAUAAUUAGAAGGGAUGAGAGUGCUGAAACUGGUCAAUUUCUUCAGCCAUGUAUUGAAGCUGCCCUUGUUCUGGGAUGUCAUCCGGUUAGAGCGUCACGUAGCCAGCGGAACAGUAAUCCGAGAAGUUAUCUCAACCCAAGGUUCCAAGAACCUGCUCCGGCAGCUACAGCUGUUCCUGAUGAAACUAACUAUCACAGACCAACCCCUCAACCACCAAAUCUCUCUGGCAGUCCGUUGAUCUUUUCGAGGUCAACAAUGGGUAACCAAGCUAGUACAUCUUCACUUUCUAGCAGUCAAAUGGCGCCCAAUACUAGUUACAUUGCUACUCACCCUAACCCCUACUCUCAACCCAACUUUCGUAGACCUAUGCCUUCGGUGGCUAUUGAAUCAAACUCCUCGCUGAACUUUGGUUCUGUUUAUCCAUUGUAUUAUGGUAGUAAUAUUCAGAAUGCAGACCCCCAGUUUGGGUUCCGGUCACCUCAAAGCUCAAAUCCUGGGAAUGUAAUUAUUGGCAGACCAGUGGGUUGGCAUGGAAUGCAACCUCCCUGUUUUUCCAGCACGAGGAAUCUACUACCUGGUGGAAAUGCGAAAAUUGCAGCAGACAAGCACGUGCAAGAAAAAUUAGUUGACAGCCGUGGAAAGGCUGCUGAAAUGGACUGCGAUUUAUCUUUACGAUUAGGUCCUUCCAACACAGGUACAAGCGUGGACUAUGUGACCAAUGGUGGUGGUUCAAGUACUCAAAAAGAGAUCAGCAAGUAUUCUGAGCCAUGUGCUAAGAAUCUUGAGCUUUGUUUCUUCCCUAGGCACAGUGGUAAUGAUCCCUCUGAAUCCGGUGACAACAGAGUGGGACAAGAGGGUCAGGCUCUGGACAGAAAUGCAAUCCUGAGAAAGCGUAAUGCCCCAGAUCAUCUUGAGUUGGAGGAUGGGCGUGCUCAAUGGCUUCCAGAGCUCCAACCUAACCAGUUUCAUGGUCAAUAUAGAUGGCCAGGAGGUAGCUCGAAUAAUUUUAAUCCGAACAAGAGGUAGCAAAGAAUGAUUAAGCAAUACCUUUUAGAGGGGUGAAGACUUUGAAACAUGAUCAGGGGGGAAAUUUCUGUCAAAGGAGAAUGAAUUCACAAAUUGUGAACUUCUCAGUUGGUAUUGGUCUCUUCCUUCUGCACGGAUAAAGUUUAAAAUGUGAUGAAGAACCCACAGUUCUUGCACGUUUGCAGAAACCGUUUCACAAGUGAAACAAGUGUUCCCUUGAACCUACGGAGAUAAGCAACGAGGUGAUUGGUGCUAUUAUUGUAGGAUGUGAAGACAUUGUUGGUAGCUAAAGCUAUAUUCCUGAACAAGUGGUUGUGCAAUAUUAAGAGAAGCGACACUAAUGCUUGCGUUCAGUGGUAACUUUGCUGGUUGUUUGCUCAGUCCAUCCUUGGAUUUUUGCUCCGUUCAUCCAGCCCCUCUAAUCACCUCCCUAUGGUCCUACCCUGGCCCCUGCAAAGAGGAAAACAGAAACAGAAAAGGGGGUCUGCAUAGAGAGAAAAUACUACAGUAAGUUUACUGUUUACAUCUAGGGUUUGUGAAGUAAACGGAAGCCGAAAGGAUGCAUUCGACGGGUACUGCUCUCGGCACUGGUUCUGCUUUUACUAUAUUAUAUUCCUCGGACGAUUUGGAUGAUAGUUAAUAAACUGAUUAUGGUCUUAGCAUUCCUUUUUUAUGCAUUUGCUCUCAGUGGUACCCUUGUUGUUGCAACUGCAGCUCUUGGGGAUCUGCUAUGGAGUUCAGACAGCAAUAAUGAUCCCAUUGGUACGUGCUCUUCUUUUCUCAGGAAUGCUUGCCUGUCAUUUUAUGACAUUGAAGCCAAUAAACAACGAGUAUCAAUCUGCAUUUUAAGCUUACAUUCUUAAUUCUUUGUUCUUGGUGGAUUUUGUGGUUUGGGAUCCUUAUUAAGCGUAGUACUACUAAGAAUCAGACCAAUAUAUCAAAUGCUAUAUGUUGGAGGUUCUUUCCAUGCACAUCAAAUAUCAGAUCAUUCCAUUAUGAUUCUACGAGAAUUCUUCUGAUACCCAGAAGCAAGGAUUUUAUUUGCCCUGGUAUUUCGGCUGAUUGGUGGCGGAUAUGGCCCUAGAAGGCUUGUCCUUGUAAGUUGUUAGUGAUUUUGCAAUUGGAUAAGAUGUUAUGGUCUUCUUCCAAAUGAUAUUAUGUACUAUAACUCUAUAAGUAAUUUAUGUACUCAUUUUAAAAGUGAAAACAAGCAAAUGUCCUACUAUUUCACAUUC